GAAGGUGAUUUUGUGGUGGAAGGUGCAAAUCAAAAGCACCGCAGUUCAAUGAAUUGAGUUAACAUUAAGGCUUGUUCAAAUUCCAGCGUUUAAUUUUUUUCUUAUAUUUACCAAUCCGUCUGUUGUUGCCAGCGGUAAAAAACCGUGUUUGAUAGCGAUUAUAUAGGAAGAAAUUUUUAGAUAUUGCCUGUUUCAUGCUUGCGAUUAAUAAAUAAAUACCCAAAAUAUGUUUAAUGUAGUUGGAUGAAGGCGAUAAUUACUUAUCCGCAGCAUUCUUUUAAAAAAGUGAGUUUCUUACUGUUUUUCUCUGCAAAUGAAGAAAACAAAUAUUUUAGAUUAUUUCAAAGUUCAAGGUGAAGUAGACAGUAUUUUAUGUCCUGCUUGUGGAAAUAAACUAGCGAAAUCAAAACUAAAUCAGCAUUUAGAUACGUCAUGCUGUAGCACAAUUAAUUCAUCAUCAAUAACAGUUAAAAAUGUUCUUCCAUAUAAAACUUCUCAUGAAAAUUUCAGAAUAAAAAGUAGUAAUUUUUCCACAUCCUCUAGUUCUAGACUUAGUUUAAAAAAACAGAAAAGGGGAAUCAAUGAUAUGAGGUAUGAGUCAAUUCAAUCGAAAAGUUUAAACAGGAGGGAACAGAUUGUAAACUCUGAAGUCUGUGAUGAAGUUAUUGUUUUAGAUAGUGAUUGUACAGCUGACAGUGAAAGUAUUUCCCAAGAAACUUCCCUUAAAGGAUUUAAAAGGCAGAAUAUCAUCCAUGAAAGGGAUGAUAUUAAUAGUGAAAUAAAUUUAAGUGGGAAGAAACAGGUUGUAAACCGUGAAGUCUCUGAUGAAGUUAUUGUUUUAGAUAAUGAUCAUACAACUGACAGUGAAAGUGUUUUGGGAGAAACUUCCCUAAAAAGAUUUAAAAAGGAAAAUACUGUACAUAGAAGAGAUGAUGUUAAUAGGGAAAUAAAUUUAAGUGGGAAGAAACAGAUUGUAAACUGUGAAGUUUCUGAUGGUGUCAUCAUUAUAGAUAAUGAUCAAGCAGUGAAAAGUAUUUGCCAAGGGACUCCUGGAAAAAGAUUUAUAAAACAGAAUACCAUGGAUGGAAUGACUGAUGUUAGUAGUGAAAUAAAUUUAAUUAGAAAGGAAGGGAAAGUAAUCUUUGAAGUCUCUGAAGAUGACUUUGUUUCAGGCAGGGAGGAAGUUACUGUUUAUGAAAAUGUUUGUCAUGAGAUUUCUGAAAAAUAUUUUAUAGAACCGAUUGUAAACAAAAGUCAGAAUACUAAUGAAAUGAAUUUGAGUCCUGAUGCUGCAUCUGAUGUUAUUGAAAUUUUAAAAGAUGUAAAAGACUCUUUGAAUUAUGAUGUCUUUUCUGAAUUAUCUGAUUCUGAAAAUAAAGAACUUAAAGAUGAUGGUAAACCUUACAUGCCAUAUUAUAUUGCUAAUUUUAAACAUAUUUUAAAUACAGUUAUUAAUGAACAUGAUAAUGACAUCCUUUUCAAUGAUGAAGACAGAGUUUUCAUUAAAGCAUUUGAAUCAGUAUCUGGUGCUGCACAAAAGUUGUAUGUUAGAUUGUUUCAAAGGAAGUAUAAAUGGUUAAGACCUAGUAAAAUCAAUUACCCGGAUAUCACCAACAAUCCCAAAGAAAUUCUGGAAGAACUAGUCAAAAAUAAUUUAGUUGACUCAGGUCUUGAAGGAAUUGAAUUAGAGACUGGAUUGAAUCUUUUAUCUUUGAUAGAAGUGAAAAGCUUAUCAAAACAGUUCAAUUUUUCUUCUGGAAAAAGUAAAACUGAAAUCAUCGGUGCACUUUUGAAACAUUGCAGGCAGCACAAAUCAGUCUUUUUUAUGAAUGGAAAAAAUAAUAUUACUAAUACGAUGCUAAAAAAGUAA